GCUCGCUCAACUCCAUCUCCAGCGGUGCUCGCCCUCCUUCCCAUCCUCUACCUACGAAUAACGUCCAAGUAAUGUCUGAAAUCAGGAGAAAGUUGGUCAUUGUCGGCGAUGGUGCCUGCGGAAAGACUUGCUUGUUGAUUGUCUUCUCCAAAGGAACCUUCCCCGAGGUCUAUGUCCCUACUGUCUUCGAGAACUACGUUGCCGACGUGGAAGUGGAUGGCAAACACGUUGAAUUGGCGCUUUGGGAUACGGCAGGUCAGGAGGACUACGACCGUCUCCGCCCUCUCAGUUACCCCGACUCCCACGUCAUCCUCAUCUGCUUCGCCGUCGACUCGCCAGACUCCCUCGACAACGUCCAGGAGAAGUGGAUUUCCGAGGUGAUGCACUUCUGCGCAAGCCUGCCCAUCAUCCUCGUCGGUUGCAAGAAGGAUCUUCGCCGGGACCCCCGGGUGAUUGAGGAGCUGAGGAAGACCAACCAGCGUCCCGUGACGCCGGAGGAGGGUAUGGCCGUCGCCAACAAGAUUGGCGCCAAGCACUACCUUGAGUGCUCGGCUAGAACGGGCGAGGGAGUCCGCGAAGUGUUCCAGUAUGCCACCCGGGCAGCGCUCCUCAGCCGGCCCAAGGGUGGCAAGAAACACCACUGCGUCAUCUUGUAGAGCACGCGCUACAGACCCCACCCCCAUUCCUGUUCUCCCUCGCGCCCUAUUGUCCUCUAUCAAGAGUCCAUACCCUUCACGACUACUGUUUCUGCAAUCUUCAUGAGCUAUCAUUUUCUCUCUCUAUCCCUGACUUGACUGUCUCGCGAUUCAAUUGGCUUGCUUACACGUAUCCCCUCGGCAUGUUGGUUGGACCUGGACGUUGGCACGCAUUGAUAGCCCUGGCUCGGCUCUUGGGUGCUAACUUGUCGUGGCCCUAGAGCGCUGGUUGACGGCAGGCGCAAACAAGGCAGGCACAGAGUUCAUGUAUGUGCCUGCCGUGCGACAUGGUGCACGUCAGGAAUGGAGAUUAUAUGCGUCUGGCCUCUUGAUAUAAGGAUACGCAUCGUCGGAACAUGCAUUUGAUAGCUUGUUUUAUAAUGUUCGUGUGUUGAUUACUCUUUCAAAUUCUAUCGUUGGUGAAUGGACUUGGAUAUAUGCACCGC